AGACGCCUACCCGUCAUGAUUCCACCAUCUGCAGCAACCCCUGUCAGCGAUGCCGCACUCUUGCCAAGCAUGGCUUCUCAGGAAAUCUGGAGGUCACAAGUUCCAGGCUAUUCUGCAUCCGUCACACGGCACAUAAGUCAUCGGGCCAACAACUUCAAGAGACAUCCAAAAAGGAGAAAACAUAUCCGCCCUUCACCACCGCCACCACCAAAUACUCCAUGUCCUAUUGAUUUGAUUGACUUCAGGGAUCUCCAGCCUCAGAGGUCUUUCCUAGAACUGCUGUUUAAUGGGUGCAUUCUCUUUGGGCUUGAGUUCAGCUAUGCCAUGGAAACGGCCUAUGUUACCCCCGUGUUGCUUCAGAUGGGGCUUCCAGACCAACUGUAUGGAAUGGUGUGGUUCAUCAGCCCUAUAUUAGGGUUCUUGCUACAGCCUUUGCUGGGGGCCUGGAGUGACAGGUGCACAUCAAGAUUCGGGAGGAGAAGACCUUUCAUUCUGGUCUUAGCAGUAGGAGCAUUGCUUGGGCUCUCACUUAUGCUGAACGGCAAAGAUAUAGGGAGUGCCUUGUCUGACACUGCAAAUAACCACAAAUGGGGGAUCAUUCUUACGGUCUGUGGUGUUGUCCUCAUGGACUUCAGCGCAGAUUCAGCAGACAAUCCCAGUCAUGCCUACAUGAUGGAUGUAUGCAGCCCAGUGGAUCAAGACAGGGGCCUCAACAUCCACGCUUUGUUGGCAGGUCUUGGAGGUGGCUUUGGUUAUGUUGUUGGAGGAAUACACUGGGAUAAAACCAGUUUUGGAAAAGCUGUGGGAGGGCAACUUCGUGUCAUCUAUGUCUUCACCUCAGUUAUACUGACUAUCACUACUGUGCUGACUCUAAUUAGCAUUCCAGAAAGACCCUUAAGGUCCUUUAGCAGGAAGAAAAAGGUGAUGAAGAGUCCAAGUCUUCCUCUCCCUCCUUCUCCAACUCUCUUCUUUGAGGAGGGUGUAAAUGAAAACUUUGCUUCUCUUAACUCAGCUCACUUGCAUGCAAGUUUUACAAGUCCUGUUUCCCCUCUCAGCCCACUCACGCCCAAAUAUGGCAGUUUUGUCAGCAGAGACAAUUCCUUGACGGGAAUUAAUGAGUUUGCAUCAUCAUUUGGGACUUCAAAUAUUGACAGUGUGCUUAUAGACUGUUUUACAGGCGGGCACAAUAGUUACUUAGCACUUCCAGCUAGCUUGCCCAGGCAGCCUGUAAGUGUCAGCUUUCCUCGGGUGCCUGAUGGCUGUUACCAAGGAGAAAAUGGAGUUCUGGAGCAAGGGGAGAGCAGCAUAACACCGCAGCCUGACUGUGAGGCGCUAAGGGUAGGGUCACUGGAUGCGAUAAAGCCACGGUCAUCAGGGAUCCUGAAAAGACCUCAGACCUUGGCCAUUCCAGAUGUCAUAACAGGACACUGUCCAGAAAAUAGCAGAAGAAGAAAUGUAACCUUCAGCCAACAGGUUGCUAAUAUCUUGCUGAAUGGUGUAAAGUAUGAGAGCGAGCUGAAUGGAUCAGGAGAGACCUCUGAGCAACCACUCUCUGUGAAACUGCUUUGUUCAACCAUCUGCCAGAUGCCGAAGGCUCUUCGUAACCUCUGCAUCAACCACUUCCUAGGAUGGCUUUCGUUUGAGGGGAUGUUACUCUUCUAUACUGACUUCAUGGGAGAAGUAGUGUUUCAAGGGAAUCCAAAAGCGCCUCACAACUCAGAUGAGUAUCAGAAGUACAACGCUGGGGUCACCAUGGGCUGCUGGGGAAUGUGCAUCUAUGCAUUCAGUGCUGCUUUCUAUUCAGCCGCGCUGGAGAAGCUGGAGGAUUUUUACUUUGUGGCAUACUUGGCCUUCGGGCUGGGCACGGGGCUGGCCACGCUCUCCAAAAACAUCUAUGUGGUGCUGUCACUGUGCGCUACCUACGGCAUUCUCUUCGCCACGCUCUGCACGCUGCCCUACUCCCUGCUCUGCGACUACUACCAGAACCGCGAGUUUUUAGGCUCGCAGGUGGAGGGCACUCAGCGCGGGAUGGGCAUUGACAUCUCCCUUCUGAGCUGCCAGUACUUCCUAGCACAGAUCCUCGUGGCCCUGGCCAUGGGGCCGCUGACAACAGCUGUGGGCAGCGCCAGCGGCGCCAUGUACUUCGCCAGCCUGGUGUCCUUCCUUGGCUGUCUUUUCUCCUCUCUCUGCGUCACCUACGAGUCUCCGCCCACUGAGGAGCUGCUGCCCGCUGAGGAGCAGCGCCCGCUCUUGCCUCGUGCACGAAACCAGUAA